GAUUUCACAUUAACUCUCCUCUUAUUGAGAGCAUUGGCAUGUCCAAGCGGCUCGGCUUCCCCGUUUAUUUGAAGAUGGAAAGCUCCCAACCUUCCGGGUCGUUUAAAAUCAGAGGGAUCGGACACCUGAUUCAACAGGUGAGCAGAAAUUAACACACCCCUCCGCCGGUAUGCACAGGAACGUCCAUUAAUGUAUUGUAAUGUAUUAGUUUUUUGGGGUUUUUUUAGCCAAAUAGACGAGUGCAACAACGCCAUCGAUUACCUGCUUGUUAAAUUCCUAUUAUAAUAAAAUGAACGGAAUUUAGAAACUGUUUACGAUCACCCGGCUUUAAGUUCAUAUCUGCAUUUUCUUUCUUAGAUAUUUUUUGUAGUCCAUUUAGUCUUCCUGUAUAACAAAAACACGGAAGUUACAUUGUUCCUAAACCAAUCGGAUACCGCUGGCUCAUCCGGGUAUUACGGCUACGCAGCACUUUCCCAACCAGUUAGCAUUUUUAGAGUAUUAAGCAUUUUUAGAAUAUUAAUUCUAAAAAAAAUUAAGCAUUUUUAGAAUAUUAAUAUAUAAUAUUAAUAAUAAAUUAAUUAAAUACAUAAAAUGAAUGUGAAAUAAACCUAACUGAGCCGGGCAGGGCAGCGGUGUUCAUGGGAAGUGUAGUUUUUUUUUUCUUUCUUUUUUUUUUUUUUUUACAGCGCUGUAGUAUUAGUGGAAUGAGCGGGAAAACGUAUCCAAAUUUAAUUCUAAAAGUUAAUAUAAGCAAAAAUAUCGAACAUUGUGGACAUAAUGUAUAAUUUAGCGCUUUUUAAGAAUCCAUGACUCACCAGAAAUGCCUUAAAAGUGAGGUUUAAAAAUAUAUAAACGCUAAAUGAAUGAGGAGAAAUUACUUCCGGGAUCAAAGUGACGUAAUCACCGUGCUUUACUUUCCUACAGGUUUUAUCAAAAGAACUCAGAAUGAACUUAAACAGUAGAACAUUUAUUUAUAGCGUUGCAGGUUCAAAGUCAAAUGGUGUCAUCUGUUCUUCAGGUGGAAAUGCAGGCUUGGCUACAGCGUACGCAGCACGCAAGCUCAACAUCCCGGCCACCAUCAUAGUGCCUUCAUCCUCGCCCAAGCUGGUGUUGGAGAAACUGCAGGAUCACGGCGCCAGUGUACGAGUCGUGGGUAAGGUGUGGGAUGAAGCAAACGCUGAGGCUGUUCGUCUGGCUGAAAGCGAAAACCUCACCUUGGUGCCACCAUUUGACCAUCCUCUGCUCUGGAAAGGUCAUUCCAGUCUGGUCCACGAGCUGAAGGCGGUAUUGCCGUGUGAGCCGGGUGCUGUGGUUCUGUGCGUCGGAGGCGGAGGACUUUUCUGCGGAGUCGUUCAGGGCUUGGAUGAAGUCGGCUGGGGUCACGUCCCAAUCCUCUGUAUGGAGACUGUAGGAGCGGAUUGUUUCAAUGCAGCUGUAAAAGCCGGGCGUUUAGUCACUUUACCAGACAUUACAAGCGAGGCGAAAUGUUUAGGAGCGAAGACGGCGUGCAGUCAGGCGUUCGAAUACAGCAAAAGACCCAACGUCAUCUCUGAGCUAGUGACCGAUCGACAGGCUCUACAGGCAUUGGAGCUCUUUCUUGAUGAAGAGCGUGUGCUUGUGGAGUUAGCGUGUGCAGCGUCGCUGGCCGCAGUGUACAGCGGCGUGAUACAGCGGCUGCAGGACGAAGGUCGUCUGCGCAAACCGCUCGGCCCGCUGGUCGUCAUCGUGUGCGGAGGAAGCAGCAUUAACCUCGCUCAGCUGCAGCACCUGCGCACCGUCUGCAAAUGAUCGCAUGACCACACCUUUCCUGUUGUGCCUAGAGCACAUGUCGGGUCGUGAAUCACACGCUCUCAUACUGUACCUCGUUAAUAAAUAACCUUACACAAUGGUGCCACUUUCAUACAAACAGCAGGACUACAUUUCCCAUAACACUUGUUACUAGGCAACUGGGAAAAUGGCUGCUGAGCUAAACUUCAUAACAGUUUAGCUAGCUAACAAAUUGCUUUUAAAAUGCUGCUAUAAAUGCACAGUGACUAUGGAAACAAGGCAAAACUAUCAAGAAUAUCAACAUUUACCUCAGAUGUGUUGGUUAGUUAUUAAGAAAAACUCUACGCAAGUCUAAUGAUAUAUCGUUUAUUUAAUUUUUUUCCUACAUCUCCAACACGGUCAGCAGGUGGCGCUGCUGCAAUACUAAUACUGCAAUACUGAUUCAAAUCACUCAAAUAGUGUUUGUCCUUUUAGUUUGAUCAUCAGUAGUAAUUGUUUUCAGCAUCAUAAUGUUAUGGACUGACUAUAGCAUAUCAAUUAAAUAAUAGUUAAAAAUAAUAAUAAUUAAAGAAUGAACAUGUCCGAUUUACCUAAUAUAAUCAGUUACUAAAUAAAAUGCUUAAUAUUAUUGUCUUGCUGCUCUUUCUUUCUUUCUCUCUCUCUCUC